CCCAAAGAAGGUUAGAUGGGUGGGGUUGACUCUUCAAUGACCAGAGACAAGAGGCGCCCCCCACCUCCCCUCCUGUGUAUUAAAGUCUCACUCUGCUACUGCCUCAGCAGCAGACUGCAACCACACCGCUUCACAAUUACACCUCCAGAUACUCCUUUCACUCUCUCAAUUAUGGCCCCAAGAAGCAUUAAUGAAGGAUCCAGUAAGAAAGUUAUGAACAAAGGAGCAUGGACAUCCGAGGAGGAUAGAAAACUGGCCGAGUAUAUAGAAGUGCAUGGCGCAAAGAGGUGGAAAACUGUAGCAUUCAAAUCAGGGCUGAAUCGGUGUGGGAAAAGUUGCAGAUUGAGAUGGUUGAAUUAUCUGAGACCCAACAUCAAGAGAGGCAACAUAUCAGAUGACGAAGAGGACUUGAUUCUCAGACUUCAUAAGCUGCUAGGGAACAGGUGGUCGUUGAUCGCUGGGAGACUUCCAGGGCGAACAGAUAAUGAGAUCAAGAACUACUGGAAUUCUCAUUUGAGCAAGAAACUACAACAGAAAGAAAACAAAACUGAGACUUCCACAUCAAAAGAGACUGCACCCCAGAAACCCGAAGACAUUGCAGAGGGCAGUGGAGAAGGAGACAGAGGAAGUGGGUACCCAGACAUCAACUUUGAUGUCAAUGAGUUCUUUGACUUCUCGGCUGAAGGCUCCUGUGGGUUGGAGUGGGUGAACAAGUUUCUUGAGCUCGAUGAGGAAUCCUGGCUCGCCAAGAAAAGGUGAAGCUGGCGUGAAUAAUGUCUUUUCUUUUUUUCUUUUUUCUUCAAAUAAAUAUAGUGUAAUUUACUUAUAAAAUCUGAAUGGAUUCCUCAUCACGCUAUAACAAGCGUCUUAACAGUCCUUCGAGUUUA